AUGGUGUCUUCUAUUGCUUCGCCAGUUGUGUCCACAACUGGAAAGACGCGACUGCAGGCCUCACUAGAGCGUGCGACCGCGCGGCAAGGGCCGUCCAUCGGACAGUGGCUGGAAUUUCCGGGCUACUCAUUAGCACGCACUGUAGCACCUCUAGGGGCAGAUUGGGUAUUGAUCGACUGUGAGCAUGGGGACAUCGAUGACAAGGCCAUGUACCUGCAGGUCGGAGCCGUCUCCUCAGCUGGGGUGUCGCCCAUCGUGCGCAUUCCCGCCUCGGAGCCCUGGAUGAUGAAGCGCGCCUUAGACUGCGGCGCCCACGCAAUAAUGGUGCCUAUGUGUGAGACCAAGGUCCGUCAAAUGCCCGUCCCUCAUGGCUGCCAUUCCUUCCUCAUCUUAACAUCCUGCCAGGAACAAGCCGAGGCUAUUGUACGAGGGUGUAAAUACCCCUCUUCGCAGUGGCCCCAGGGGUUGCGGGGUGCAGGUGCCAUGUUUGCUCCGGCUGCCUUCAAUCAGAGCGGGCGAGAGUACCUGACUCACGCCAACGACAACGUGGUCAUUAUCGUGCAGAUUGAAUCGCGGAUGGCAGUCGAGAAUUGUGCUGCCAUUGCGGCAGUUCCAGGCAUCGACAUGCUCUUCGUUGGACCCAAUGACCUGGCCUCAUCCCUGGGGUACUUUGCCUUGGAUCACGCCCAGAUUGCUGAGGUCCAGGGGGCCACGAAUCGCGUUCUGAAAGCCGCCAAAGAUGCUGGAAAAUAUGCUGGUCACUUUGCCCUUUCGGCAGAUGUGGCCGCGGCCAAAUACCACCAGGGUUUUGAUUUUGUCAACUCUGGAGCGGACAUUGUGGCCUUGACUUCCUGGAUGUCGGGAGAACUGACCAGGUUGCGCCGACUCACAGAAAUUAGCGCUACCAAACCGAGUCCUCAGUAA